UGGCCAGUUUGCUAUAGUGAAGAAAUGCCGAGACAGAAGCACCGGCGUGGAGUACGCUGCGAAGUUCAUCAAAAAGCGCCAGAGCCGGGCCAGCCGUCGCGGGGUGCGACGCGAGGAAAUCGAACGGGAGGUGACUAUCCUGCAGCAGGUCCUGCACGCCAACAUCAUCAAGUUGCACGACAUCUACGAGAACAAGACAGACGUGGUCCUCAUCCUUGAGCUGGUGUCUGGAGGAGAACUUUUUGACUUCUUGGCACAGAAGGAGUCUUUGAGUGAAGAGGAAGCAACCAGAUUCAUCAAGCAGAUUUUGGAUGGUGUGAAUUACCUUCACUCCAAUAAAAUUGCUCAUUUUGAUUUAAAGCCUGAAAAUAUUAUGCUUCUAGACAAGAAUAUCCCUAUUCCACACAUCAAGCUCAUUGACUUUGGUCUAGCUCACAAAAUAGAAGACGGAGUUGAAUUUAAAAACAUUUUUGGGACUCCAGAAUUUGUAGCUCCAGAAAUAGUAAACUAUGAACCACUUGGAUUAGCUGCAGAUAUGUGGAGCAUAGGAGUCAUCACCUACAUACUGCUUAGUGGUGCAUCACCUUUCCUUGGAGAAACUAAGCAGGAAACACUUGCCAACAUCACAGCUGUGAACUAUGAAUUUGAUGAAGAAUUUUUCAGCAAUACCAGUGACCUAGCAAAAGAUUUUAUUCAGAAACUGCUGGUGAAAGAUACACGGAAACGGCUUACAAUCCAGGAAGCUCUGUCUCAUCCAUGGAUAACGCCAGUGGACAAGCAACAGGCUUUGGUACGUCGAGAAUCUGCUGUUAACAUGGAAAACUUCAAAAGACAAUAUGCCAGAAGGCGAUGGAAGCUUUCUUACAGUAUUGUCUCGUUUUGCAACCACUUAUCUCGUUCGCUGGUGAAAAAGGUCCUAAUACAGGAUGAAAGUUUGAGACACUGUGAAAGUGACAGUGAGGAUCUUUCACAAAGAAACGCCGCUCAGCAGAGGAGAAGCAGCGUAUCAUAG